UGCCAGCGCUUGAGCUUGUACUCUGUGGCAAAGGCCCAGUCACAGCCAUCGACGGCACACUUGAAGGGCCGGCAGGCAGCGUGGCUGAGAAGGUGGACACGCAGCUGACGCCCUCGCUCAAAGACUCGGUCACAACCCUCGAGAGUGCAAGGAAAGCUCCGCCGGGGUGCACUGGGGGUCGGGUUCCCAAGACGGAGCACCGUUGACGCAAGGGCACCUGAAAUGAACGUCGGCGCCACUUGUGGCUCGUCGGAGGGCUCGGCAUCCACGCUCCUCGCAUCGGCGGCCUCUUGGUCCUUGACAGCGUCUUCCUUGCCCGUCUCGAAGGGAUCGCGGACGCAGAGCAGGCGCUCGGCUCCCCCGAACAGUUCGUCGUCUGCCCGCAGCUCAAACACAAGGUUCGCGAGCGCGUCGCCGCGCGUCCACUCGUCGGGCUUCUUGGAAAGCAAAAACUCGCCGUUCCGGCCGUAUACGGGAUCGUCCAAGGGCUCUUCGCCAUCUUGGAACGGAUCGCCGCUCGUGGACCGCAGGGAGAGGAAGUCAGCGGCCGCCUUGGAGCAGAGUUCUUCCUCGUCGCAGACUUCGUCGCACAGGACUCCGCGGCCAACGUCUUCGCUAGUGUCGGCGCCAUCAUGAUCGCCUUGCCGCGCUCGUGGAGACCCCGUCGCUGCUGACGAAGAGGGGUCCUCCAUUUUGCGGGCACGCUUCGG